GUGUUCGGCCGGCUGGGUUGCGCCCUCUUCUUGCACACCUGCCUGGCAGAUGUGGCAGGGCGGGGGCAAGGCCGGCCUUGCGAGGAGGACUGGAGGUCACCGAGGUCUUUUCCUAACAAUUUCGUCUCCCUCAGAGGUGUGCCAUUGUGCCUGAGUGUCUACUCUUGGAAGCUUCAUGAGCGGUCAUUCCUCUGUAGGAAUCCUUUUCCCUUCCGCGAGGAUGACCUUCUAAUAAAAACACAAUCCACUUUUCAUCCUUAUUGAGAUCAUCUGAUUCAUAUUCUACAUAGCUUCACUAGAUCAUUGUCUUUUGGGUCCAAGUUGUGGAACCAACUUGUGGGACUUAACGUUAUUAACCUGUCACUUACGGAUCGUCUACUCAACAUCCGUCAGUUGUCCUCCUUGAGCUUAGCUCAUCUAUACUGUGUUUACCUUGCAGGAUUCUGAGAAGUCAAAUGCUAAGUCCAAAGCGGGGCACUUAUUAAUUGCAACAUUAUCAUAAUAGCUACAAUACUAGACUGUGGUGAUAGAGCUUAAAAGACUCAAUCCUGACCUUACAGGCGGGUAGGGACACAUGCAGAGACAGACAGUUCCAUUGUGCUAAUUAUUAAUAAUGAAAAUAUCAAGUACCAUAAAAGCGUAGAAGAUGGACAGUUACAUAUGCAUAAGCAAGUCAGAGAACACUCGAGACCACCUGGAGAGAAUUCGGAUGCCCUUGCAUGAGCAGGUGGCGUUCUUUCCAAGGAUUUUGUAAGCGGGGUGCCUAUGUGUUCCCUCUGAAGCCUUCUCUGUGCAUUUUAAGAGUACCCUUUCAUUUUCUUGCCUGUUGCGGGGGGAGGGGGGAACAACAGCUUUGAUGUGUUACCAUUAAGCAAUGGUAGUUUGUCCUCUUGUGAAAUGAGUGUUUGUAUUAUUUUGUAUUUUCUGCAGAGCCAGCACCGUCUGUUGUUUUGCCCUUUAUGCUCCUCCACUCUUGCCCUUUGGACCCUCUAUGUUUUCUUCAUUCUUUUCUAAAGCUGAUGGGAAAUUUUUGUUAUUCAUUGCUUUUACUGAGAUACACUUCAUCGGCUUUUUAAAACAUGCAAAAUCAGAUUGCUGAAUUAGGUAUUUGCACUUCGUUUGUUUGCUGGUUUGUUUUUUAACUUGGUAGUUUCCCCCUGUGACCAAUGGCUUUGGCACAGAACCCUUCCUUUUGUUAAAAAUUUGUGGAGAAUGGUGUGGGGGCUGGGCAUGAGAGGUGGGGAAAUCAGAGUAUGAGAUGGUUUGAGUACAAAACAAUUUAGGAUCGGAACCUGAAGCGUUAUUUAAGUAACCAGCAAGUAAACGAAAAUUAUUUUGAGAGGCACAUGGUAUAGACGUGCCUAUAUCAUAAGACUUUUCGGGGCUCAUAUGUUAAGAAAGCAUGGCUUAAAUUCUCUUCAUGCAAACGACUUCUGUUUUAGGGGAACUAUCAGCAAGAUAUUUUGUCCAAAGACCAGUGCAACCUUUCCCCUCGAUCUCACAAAAACUCGACUCCAAAUGCAAGGAGAAGCGGCUCUUGCUCGGUUGGGAGACAGUGCAAGAGAGUCGGCUCCCUAUAGGGGCAUGGUGCGCACAGCCCUAGGGAUUGUUCAAGAAGAAGGCUUCCUAAAGCUUUGGCAAGGAGUGACACCUGCCAUUUACAGACACGUAGUGUACUCUGGAGGGCGCAUGGUCACUUAUGAACAUCUCCGUGAAGUUGUGUUUGGCAAAAGUGAAGAUAAGCAUUAUCCUCUUUGGAAGUCAGUGAUUGGAGGUAUGAUGGCUGGUGUUGUUGGCCAAUUUUUAGCCAACCCAACUGAUCUAGUGAAGGUUCAGAUGCAAAUGGAAGGAAAAAGGAAACUUGAAGGGAAGCCUUUGCGAUUUCGUGGUGUGCAUCAUGCAUUUGCAAAAAUCUUAUCUGAAGGAGGAAUACGUGGGCUUUGGGCAGGCUGGGUACCCAAUAUACAAAGAGCAGCACUGGUGAAUAUGGGAGAUUUAACCACUUACGAUACAGUGAAACACUAUUUGGUACUGAAUACACCACUUGAGGACAAUAUCACGACUCAUGGUUUAUCAAGUUUAUGUUCUGGCCUGGUAGCUUCUAUUCUGGGAACACCUGCUGAUGUCAUCAAAAGCCGAAUAAUGAAUCAACCACGAGAUAAACAAGGAAGGGGACUUUUGUAUAAAUCAUCAACUGACUGCUUGAUUCAGGCUGUUCAAGGAGAAGGAUUCAUGAGUCUAUAUAAAGGCUUUUUACCAUCUUGGCUGAGAAUGGUAACGUCAGGUUUUUCCUCUGUUUUUGUUUUCUUUGUACUUAAAUUGCUUUUAAUCUGUAAAUAUUUUCCCCUUUCUCUUUUGGUUUUUAGCAUGGCUCUGCCCCCAAACCACAAUUCUUUCUCUUUUUUAUAUCUUUUUUUGUUUUCUUUUUACCUCUCCUCAGAGUCCUGUUACCUUUCUUGGUAGAAUAAAGUAAAAUAAUUCAGUUACAUCCAGAAAUAAAUAAGUUGAUAUUCUGUUGUUAUACAGCCAGAGGAGAGGGUUUUUCUGCAAUUUAAAAACCUUUAGUGGUCUGUUUAGUCAAAGUACUGUAGUUUGGGACAGGUAUAAAGAUUUUAUGCUAGAGACCAUUCCUAUGGAAAUGUUACUGUUUCAAACAAAUUUUUGUUACUUUGAUGGCAAAUGUUGCAUUAUCCAUUAAUACUUAUCACCACAAAGCUCUGCUUAGUAAGAAAGCCUUAUGUCAUUUUUAUUAGGUCUGGAUGUUAUUUUUUAUGGAGGUGAACAAAGAUGUAGUGUGAGACUUAUUCAAGUAACAACAUAUAUAAUAAACACAGGGUACUCAAGGACUUUGUAAGUUGGAACAUAUUUGCAAGACUGAGUCGUGCAUUUAGAAAUUCAAACAAUCAAUACUUUAUACAGUAUGAUAAUAUUAAUUGAGCACCUACUCCAUGCAAAGCCCUGUACUCAAUGCCUGGUUUGGGGGGAUGAACAGAAGAGUCUCACCCCCUGCUCUAGUGCCAGAGCUGCUGGUUUGAUAAGGCCAAACACUGAAUAAAAAACUGGAAGUGAUGAGUGGUAGAGGAAAAGUGCAAGGUGCUAUGGCAAUAUAUAGCAAGGGCAUACAGCCUAGGCCUGGAGAUUAAGAAUACCUCCAUGGACAAUGGACUUUAGAAUUGAGUUUUGAAGAAUGGGUAGGACUUAGCCAGGUAAAAAAGAGCAGAGAAAACAUUCUAGGUAGAGGGAAUCAUUGGAAUGGACAGAGAACACGAGGAGUUCGAGGAACUGAAGGAAACCCAGCCGGCCGAGGCAUGAAGACAUGGAGGAGAGAGGUACAAGGUGAGGCCAGAGAGAGGCAGAGAUCAGUGUGGGAAGGGUCAUAGGACCCAUAAGAGUGAGGGGCACCGGCUUGAUGAUACGUGUAUUUUUAAAAAGAUCAUUCCAGCUGCCAUGUGGAUUAGAGAAAGGCCAGGAACAGUAGUAGAUGAGACAUAAUGAUAGUGCGGACUAGAGUACCACAAUGGGGAAAGAAAAAGAUAGAUGUACAAAAUAAUUUAGGAGAAAGCAGGGAGCUGGAAGCAUGACAAGCAUGACUGGAUGAGGAGGGGAAAAUGGUCAAAGAAGGCAAGAAAUGAUGGGUUUCAUUCCCAGAUUCCCAACCUGAGCAACGGAUGAUGUAAUAUCCUAACACGGAGAUCAUUUGUAGGGAUGAUUUCAUGGUAGAAAAACAAGUUUAACUCUAGAUUUGUUAAGUUUUGAAUACUCAUAGGAUAUCUAAGAACAGAGGUUUAGAUAACUAGCUUUGUAUAUUGAUCUGGAUCUUACAGAAAAUACGGGGAUGGAGAUUUAGAGGGGAGCACUGUCUACAUAUAGAUGGGAAUUGAAGCUCUGAGAAUAAGUGACAUCACCAAGCAAUAGUAGGUAUCUAUUAACAUAGAUUUAAUAGCCAAAGCCCUGGGCAAUAGCUGGUCCAAAAGUGUACCCAAGUGUAAAACCUUAUUUUGAUUGUCUAGAUUAUAUCUUGAAAUUAUCUCAAAUCUAUGGAUGUUUCUUAAUGGAAAGGAGGAUUUUGAUUUGGCCUGCCAUGAACCAGGCACUAUCGUAAGUGCUGGUAGCCCUAGGGAAUAAGUUUUUUGCCUGAGAGGAGCUUAUAAUGUGGUGGAAAAUGUAGACAUGUAAAUAGUGAAAAUUACAGAAAUAAUAAAGUUAACAUUAUUAAAUCACUUGGUUAGAGCACCAACACCGUGCUCAUCAUUUUCACGGAUUAACUCACUGAAUUCUCCCAACAAUCUCUUCAGUAGGUUAUUGUGAUUUCUCUCUUAGAGAGGAGUAACAAAAGCUUAGAGUAUAAAGACCUCAGCCAGGCUAGGUAGUUAUCAAUUAGUGGCAUCAGGGAGGCAAACCCAGCAAGUCUGACUCCAGAAGACAUGGUCUUACUAAGCAGUUUGUAUUACUGCUCUACUAGUGGUAUAAAGAAAAUGUGUUGGGAACACGGGUAGUGAAGUAAACAUGGCUCUGACUGUUUGGGAAGGCACAAAAGUCUUCUGCAGAGGCACGUUUGAUCCGAGCUUUGAAAGAUCAGUAGGCAUUUAUCAAGAAAAGCAGUAUGCGCCUAGGGAUCAACUCAUGCGUGGACCCAGUAGGUUGGGGCAACUGCAGAAAAUUCGGUGUAGCUAGAGAAUAGGUCCUCAGGGGAGACGUGGUGGGACAGAAUUCUAGAGAAGUACCUAUGGACUGGGUUAUAAAAGGACCUUACUGGGGUCAGUUUGCUGGUUUAGGGAAAACCCCGGAGCAAGCAAGCAGCUGUUUAAUCAUGGGAGGAAAGUACUCAGGUUUGUUUGGGGACAGGACUACUUUGGCAGCAAUAUAGAAGAUACAUUUAAAGCCAGGACCCAAGAAAGGAAGUUUUAUCCGCGCUCUAUCCUGGAGAUGAUUGUAAAAAAUGGAGCAAAGGUAUAUUCUAGAGACAUAUAUGGUUAACUCCACAGGACUUAACUGACUCUAUGUAAAAGGUGGGGAGGGAACAAAGGAAAUGGGACUUUUGGAUGUCUAGUGUGGGAGACUGUGAGGAUGGUGAGGCCAUUGGUGAAAAAAUCAGGGGCAGGAGGCGUGAGGGCAGGGAGAAUAUCCAAGUCCAAAGGAAUACCGAGACCACUGAAUCUGACCCAUUCUCUUUAUGCGUGAGACUCAGGGAAUAUAAAUGAGAAAAAAAGAGUACUUCACAUAGGACAGGCACUGUGCGAAGUCUUCGAGAACCUAGUAAAACAGGUGGUGUUAUCCUCAUUUUUCAGAUGAGAAAAACAUGGCUCAAAGGAUGAGACGCUUGCCCAAGUUCAUUUAGCUGGUAUGUGGCAGAGCUGGGAACUAGCUGUGCGUCUGUUCAGCUCUGAAGCCAUGCUCCUAGCUCAUACAGUGUAGUGAAUCUCUCAAGAUCCUGCAGGUAGCUAUGGAAGUCGUCAGGGGAAAGAGACAAUGCGUGCUGAUAGAGAGAUGUUCCCCAAACAGCUGGCUAACCAGCAGAGAUCUCCAGGGUGGCACUGCCUUGUUGGUCUGCCACAGUGCAGGACCCUGAGCUUAGAAACCUGACUCAUGAAACCUGCAAGUAAAUUGGCCUUGCAAAUACAGAUUCCCUUCGACCGUACUCGUUGAAACUGACGAUCAGACCACGGCACUGGCCCCUUCACACUGAGAAACACACUUGGCAAGUGAUCGAGACGCUGAAGUCCUUUGGACAGUGUGCUUCCUAAAUUCAAGCUGUACGUGAAGGCAGGUCACAAUCAGGAGGCUGCUUGCUGCACACAGAAAGAUAACAGGAAGAGCUUAUUUGUAAUCUUAGUAUUUAAGAAUAUCAACCCAAGAGCCCUUAUGUGUUCAGCCCCACAGUGAAAGGCAUGGAGAAGGACUCUUUUGAGCAGUCACAGCAAUAGCCAGACUAGAGCAGACCACAUGGGUUCAUAUUCACUUGGAUUCUUUACGGCAGUAUAACUAUACUGGUGAAGAAAAACCAAGUGCACAUGCACCACCUACAUGUGAUCCUGUGCAGACGCUCCAAGGAUCCCAUCUAUGUAGUACCCCUGUUAGUGGCUGUAUGCUCUCCCUGUCCAACUCCCAUUCAGAGGCCAGCUAAACUCCAGCCCAGGCCCUUCCACUACGUGAAAGCAGUAUGGCCUUGCUUUGCUCAAUCCCUAAUUAAUAUUUCUUUCAUUCGCAUACAGAAGUCUGAUUACCAGAACAGUUAGGAAUGAUUAUAUAAUAUGUCCAGUCUUAACCAAGACCUCUAAUUCCUUGAUCUGAUUGCAAUUAUAUCCAUGGCUCACUUGAUUUUUGUUGUCACAAGAAUAUGAUAUCGUCAUGGCUUCACCUUCUUUAUUUUGUGUCCGUCUUCACACAUUUAAUUAAUCAAGAUGUGUUCUCCUAAGCCCACUGGUAAAGUCUCCGUCUCCCAUAUAACAUACUCCGUAUUUCUAAACACGUGACCUAAAUAUUGCUUCACAAAGUGUCUAACCAAAUGCAUUUUAUAGUCUAAUUGCUCAGGCUUCUAUUUUGAUUCUAGUGUGAUAGUUUUUCUCUGAUCUAUAUUACCUAUAACCUAUGAACUAAACCAUACAGGAACUGGAUCCAAGAUACUCUUUCCCUGACGAUUCCUUCCAGUGUUUCCUCUGUGAUUUCCUUCCACGUUUAUAUCUUCUAUUGUUGAAUAACCCCCUUCCCUUUAAUUCCUUUUGACACAGUUAUAUCAAGAUAGGCAUGUCUCCCUGAGCUGGAAGCUCUUUUCUCUCUUUAAUGGGAAUUUUUCUAUCCACUUUGUGAGAGAUCAGGUGUUGAGUUUAUGGUUUACAUCUCAGGGGCUAAUCUUCUGUCUUCAGUUUCAAGUUCUCAAAUGUCUCCUUGUCCAUCUCCACACAGAAAGUACACACAGAAGAGCCCAGCCUAGAAUUCAGGCAUGGCGAGUCCUAGCCUUUUAGCUAGUAAUGGUUCAGUGAAAAGAACCCUAGAAUGGAAGCCAGAAGCCUGUAGUCUAGCUCUAUCAUAUGUUACUAGGUAUUUGAUUGCCAAGCCUCAGUGCCCUCAUCUGUAAAAUAGGGGUGUCAAUACCUUUCCUUUCUAUUGUAAAUUGUUCAGAGAAAUCUAUGAAAAAUAAGAUAUGAAAAUGUUUUGUCAAUUAUAAAGUGCUCUUUAAAGGUGAAAUACCAAAAUAUUUGUUUGCAGCCUAAGUGGAUUCAAAAUGACUUCGUCAUUCAAAGAUGUAUAUGCGUAUAUGUAGAAUAUUCAUAAUCGCUUUGAAAUAUGCACUAACUUCUUUGGUUAAUCUUUCAGACCCCUUGGUCACUGGUGUUCUGGCUUACUUAUGAAAAAAUCAGAGAGAUGAGUGGAGUCAGUCCAUUUUAAGCCCUUAAAGAUGCAGCCCUUAAAGAUACAGUGUUCAGUAUCAUUGAAAUAUGGGCACCUACAACACACACCCCUAUUAUUUCUACCUCUUUAGGAAGACACUGUACUCCACAGAGACUGUGAUUUAUAGGGGGCAGCACUUUAUUUUUCUCUGGAAACCCAAGUUCUCUUUGACUCCUCUUUUUGUUCAAAAGCAAUCUGGUUGGAUUACACAAGGCCACCCAGUGAGACCCAGCACAGAAUUUUCAAGAAGAUUGAAUCCUGAGCACUUCCCUUGGGCCAGAAGAUUUGACCUUUGAGAUGCUAUUCUGUGCUGAGGAGCCUACUUAGAAAAGUGCCACAAGGGGGCAUCUCAGACCUGAAGUAGACAAUAGGAAUGUGGAAGAAUACAUACAUACUUAGUGAUUAAGAAAUACAUUGAAACUGUUGUAUUUUCAGCUGAAACUCGGGGAUUCAUUGUUGUUGUUAACAUGCACAUACUGUAAAUUAAAGGGAGGUGACUGAAAAUUCAUGAAUAAACAUUUUGAGUCUCCCUAGUGGUGACGGAAGUUGAUGUACCUUUUCUCGCCAAGAGGACCAAAAAACGUCAAUUUGACAUGAUGUUUGGAUUUCAAGGAAAGAAGCUCCCUUCUGUCUGUGUCCCAUCUUUAGUUAGAUCUGUGUUACUGGUCAGCACUCCACUGCACACGCUUAGGACUUCCUGCCAGCCACAGACCGAGUCUUGAUGAAAGCAGAGAAGAGUGUUUGCUUCGUUACAUAUGCCAUUGCGACCAGAGUUUGCUGCUUGCUCCUGAGAAUCUCGAUAUAUAAGAACAUGCAACUUGUUUGAUUAACGCUUAAGCGGACAGCUUAAGUUGCUUGAGUUGCUUAAGCUUAAGUUGCUUUUCAUAAAGCAACUUGUUAUUAUCAUUAUCAGCCUUUGAAUUUUAAACUGUGGCAUUUUAAAAGCAAGGCUGAGAUGAUGUCAGCCACUUUUGACAAGCAUCCUUUCUUAUCUUCCCUUCCUUAACACUAAGGGCCCGAAGGAGAGAUAACUAAGGAAACAUACUGAAGCCGUCUCUGGCCUGAACCUUACUCCAUUUUGACAAAGCUUCCUGCCUAGUGAGAAGUAUAAAUUGCCUGUGAUAUACGGUUAUGUCUCUAAUUAUCAGAUCAAACCCUUUUUCUUACUUUAGAAAGGUGAGAGAUUUCUUCAGAUUGACCUGUAUACCACCUGCUCCCACACCCACAGACAGUGGGCAUUUCUGGAUAGAUGGAUACAGUUGUAGGUAGAGGCUAUAACUCUCAACGUAGGAAAACUCAAAAUGCUUAGACCCAAGAAAGACAGUGGAGUUGACCAAACAGAAUUUGUUGUCCAUGGGUGUCAUCACCCAUGGACAUGGGUGAUGUUGAACCACAAAAAAAAAAGUUUACAAGUGCUCUGUGGUUGCACUAAUGUAUAAUCACUGCCAUUUAAAAGAGGAUGUAUACUUUAAAUAUAUAUUUUAAUGUGAUGUAUGAAUAUGCAGUGGCUUAUUGUUUUUCUAUGAAAUUUUCAGAUUGUGGAGUUUAAUCAGAAUCUGUUGGUGGUCUACUUUUCCAUUGCAUCUGUCAAUCUGUGUGAAUUGAGUUGUUAAAUAUAUUUAAAAUAAUAUUGUGUUCUUAAAUUCCCAAGUGUUCUGCAUUGGGACCACUUUGGGGGACUCUUGGGUUUUCAUGUUUUAUAACUUUUAAAAUUAAGUAAAGACUGGAUCAAAAUAUGCAAA